GUGUGUGUGUGUGUGUUUGUGUGUGUUUGUAUAUGUGUGUGUGUGUGUGUGUGUGUGUGUGUGUGUGUGUGUGUGUGUGUGUGUGUGUGUGUGUGACUGAAAGGUUUAGAGCAGAGGCCAAACUAUAGGCUCUCUGGUAAACUGGAGGUUAACCAUGUUCCAGUGGUUUUUGACAUUUUCUUUGUUGUUCUCAAAUGAAAAAAUCUCAUUUGAUGUUUUUUGGUUUUGAGAAUUUAAAUUGUUCCAAAUCAUUUUUAAAUGAACCAACCGAUUCUCUCAGCCCUGCGUCAACAGGUUCGACAGAAACAGGUUUUAAAGGAAUGUUUGGAGGAGAAAUCAAUUAGAGCCUCUUUUUUUUGUCUUUUUGGGGGUGUCGUGUGACUUCCUGGCUUCUUAAAAGAUCUAUCUUUGGUUUGCUGCGUUAACGGAUGAGUGCACGUUCUCACAUGCAGUGUGUUUCCUGCUCUACAUUCACUCAGAUAAUAACCGCUGGAGCCCUAAAAAUGCUUUUUGUCCUGAGUAUCUGGAUAUUUACAGGAGUCCUGGCCGAGGAACCCACAGUGCAAUAUUAUCAACUGAAACACAGUUCAGUGUGCCUACAUGUCAACAACACCCCUCCAUAUCAAAAUGCUGAGUGGACAUUUGCUGGUAACAUUCUAACAGUUGGAAAAGAUCUUGAUCCCGUUCAUGAAAGGAAAAUGGAUUUUAACCCUGCCAACUUGACCUUGUGUAUAAAAAAUCUGACUAACGCUGACAGCGGCAUUUAUAGGAGCUCAAUUGUGUCUAAUUUCAAAAAAAUAGCAGUGGUUCACCAAGUCAUUGUUGAAGAGAUGGUUCCUAAACCAGUGAUCACUCUGACACCAGAGCAUCGCUCCAACCUGUCUGCAGCUUCCUGCCGAAUCAGAGCAAACUGCUCCAUCCAGGACCACUGGCUGUGGUCUCUCUGUGAUGAAAACGGCUGUGAGACCUCUCAGAUGUCCUUCAGCAAGCUCAACAUCACCCUCUUUUCUGAUAACUCAACUGCUGUCUGCAUUGGCAACAACCAUGUCAGCACUAAAAGCCACUCAGUGAGCAUCGCAACAAAGUGUUUCAGGAUUUCUGACAGUGAAGCUAACGAAGUUUCAACACUCAGUAAUACUAAUAUCAUCAUCAUCAUCUUGUGUGUGAUAUUCUUUGGUUUUUGUAUCGCAUUUACCUACAUCCUCUGCUCAAAAUCAUGCAACUCCAAUCAGGGAACAUCAUCGGCUUUGUUGAUAGAGAAUGGACAACUAGAGAGGCAACCACGAUCCGGGCCCAGAACCUCUACGUCUUCUUCAGGGAGUGAAGCAGACCCCUCAUACGAGAACGUGGAUACCCCUGGGCUUGGUGGAAGCAUCGUCCCAGGAGAGGGGCAGGACUUCAGAGAGGGUCAGAGGGCUGAUACCAUCUACAGCAUCCCACAAGCGCCCGUCUCUCGUGUUAAAUUUGAAAGGAGCAAGGACACAUCAGUAAACAAGGAUGAACAAACAACUUCUGAGUCUGCCACCCAGAAUCAGGACCAGUCUCUAACACAAGCUGACACGGUGUACACCAUGUUGCAAAUGCCCAAAAAUCUGAAGGCACAGCACCACCAAGAGGGAGACUAGGACUGAUGGAAGCCAAGAUAAAGGCAUGAGUCAGAGUGUGUAUGUACAGAAAUUAUAAAGUCAAUGACAACUAUAGUAAGCAUAACAUCCAUACUAAAUUUGAAAUAUUUUAGUAACCAACGAGGUCCAGUAGUGUAAUAUUCUCAUCUGGUCUUACUGUUUAGCACAUAGAUAAUCUUAUGAAUGAGGAAGACCAGAUGUACGAUCAGUGUUUGUCUUGUUUAUACCAUACAUGAUAGGGCUCAGUGUGUUACGGAUGCCAGCCUGACCAGUGGAGAGAAGCAACCAAAUUCACACAUCUGUAGUGAAUCAGCCUGACACCGCUCCUCCUCCUCCUCUCUCCCAGGCUGCUGAGGAGCACAGCUGAGAGGAAUCAACCUAAUGAGCAAACACCUGCAUAAAAGGGCUGUGCCUUCAGCAGUCUGGGAGGCAGCAGUGCAGGGGUUCUGCUGUCCUCCUGGUUUUGUGUAGUUUUAACCCCUGUUCGUUUGGAUUUGUUUGAGUUUUUUGAACUUUGGUUGUUUUUAAUUCUUAAUGAGAAACUGAGGAUGAUCCAGUGGGAUCUUUUGUAUGUUUGGUUUUUAAGGUUAACUUCAUUUGUGGCUAUUUUCCUGACUUCAGUUUUAACACCUUUCGUGUUGGUAAAACUUUUAAGAUAAGUUUUUACCAGGUGUUUUUAGUCAGAAUGUUUUUAGACUUUCAUCAACUUCAGGAUUUUAAAACACCUUCGUUGCGGUAAAACUUUUAACAUAAGUUUUUACCAGGUGUUUUAUAGUUGAUAAUUUGCUUUGUACUGUUAACCUUAUAGAGAAAUCAGUUUUGCUGGUGUUUUAAUACCUUUUUUGUACAAAUAAACCCAUUUUAAACUCCGCCGCCAGUUCUUAUGUUCUCCCCAUCCUUCACACUUUUAACAUCACAUGUCGGGGACGUAACACAGUGUAAGUACUGGAAACUCUUCAGUGGCAUUGUAACUUUUAACUAUCUACUUCAAUUAAUAAACCAUUCACAAGUAAUUGUAUCUGGUUGUUAAUAAAGUUGCCAUUGUUUGUUUAGAACCAGACUGUCGUUUGAAUAAUGGAUUAUUCUAUUUGUUGUUUGUGUGAUGAUUAAACGCUGGAGUUAAACGGUUUAGAGCUGAAAGCUGAGUGCAGAAGGAGUUGACUGAGUUUGAGAGACAGAGACACACAACACCAUCAUCCGUCAAUACAAGCACUCUGCUGCAGGCCCACAGAGGGUGAUACUACUAAUAAUAAUAAGUUUCUUCCCUGCAGCAACAGGGAACAAACUUAAAGAGUAGGAUUUAACUUGUGAAGCAUUGGGAAAGUCUAACAAGGUUAUUUGUCCACAGCAAUGUCAGAGGUCAACAGACAGCGCUGCUCACGAACCUCCAAAACAAAAGGAAACGACAGAGUGAUCCAGGACUAAUUGGAGACACGUUGGAGAAAUGCUGUUACAAUAAAGACUGAAGGGCUAAAGCUGUUCAGAGUGACUCUGAUGGUUCAGCCAUUUCUUUUUGUCACAAAGCUUGCAGGUUCCUCAGUAAUCAGACAGGUUGGUGCUAAAGGAACCCAAGUAAGAUUUGAACACAGACAAGGUGUUUGUCUUGUUUUGUACAAAUCAAACCUUUUUGAAGAACAACAUUAAAGAACAGCUGAAAGGCUUUAAUUAAAGCCUUGAUUAUUUAUUCUGACUUCUGAGAAAAGAAGUCAGAACAUUAAGUUUAAAUCUAACAUUUGACAGAGAUUAAAGUCAGUUCUUUUUGUUUUCCUCCCCCCUAAAGAUGCACUGUAAUUGAUUGGUUGUCAAUUUUGCAAAACCACCCUUUUGUUUUUGUUAGUUUUUAAAAUUAAGAAGAAAAAAAGAGAAAUUAUCAAAAAAUCUGGAUUUUCUUUCAAUGGGAUGUUGAUAUUAGUGGAAAGUUAGGUGAAAACAAGUAUAAAUUGAUCUAAACAUAUUACUAGCACUGUUAGUGUGAUCCUGUUGUGGAAAUUCAGACAAAGCUAAAAUAAAAGGCUUUAAUUUCA